AUGGCAUCACCAUCUCAGCCUCUACGAGGUAAAAGGGCAUGUAAAAAAAUCUUCUGGGCAGUGUUUCCUCAUGCCUGCUUCAUUCUGUCUCUUGUGAUCUAUGCUUUCCUUGGGGCUGUCAUGUUUUCCCACAUUGAAGGUAAUCGGAAGGUCAAUUUAAGUGAAGAAUAUAGAAAAUUCCUGCAGAAUUUGUGGUACAUCUCCAGAAAUUUAUCAGAUAACAUGACAGAAAAUGAGGAGAUAUUUAAGGAAGAAAUCCAUACACUGCUCAACACAGCCGAACGAGACUGGUUUGUCAACCCAAAAGAUAAAUGGACUUUCUUUGGGUCUCUCUUUUUCUGCUGCACAGUAUUCACCACUGUGGGUUAUGGCAAUACCUAUCCUGUGACACGGACUGGAAAGUAUCUCUGUAUGUUGUAUGCUUUAUUUGGCAUCCCUCUGAUGUUCUUGGUCCUGACAGACAUGGGAGACAUCCUUGCAACUGUCUUAUCCAAGUGUUACAAUGAAUUCAGAAAACUCCAGUCAAAACUUCUAGCCUCUAAACUCUGUUUUGGAUGCACAUGUAACAAAGGGAAUGAACUGAAAUCCAGAGCACAGUCCAAAAUAGUCAUCAAUGAUCCCUUGAGUAUUAUGGAAGUGCUGAAAAGUCAACCAAAUGUUAAAAGGAAGCCAGACAAAUGCCGCAAUGCUGAGAUCUUUGAAAUGUUAAUUGCCAGAGAGAACGAACACACAGGCCCAGUGAGAAAUAAGAGCAUUGAGAGGUGGAGCUCAUGUCCUGAGCUAACCAGGGGAAAGACAAUGUCCAGAGUCAUGGAGAAUUUUGACAAAAUUGGGAAACAGUUAGAAAAAUUAGAUGUGCCCAUUGUGUUAAUGGUGUUAGUUAUCUUUGUGUACAUCUCUUGUGCGGCUGCCAUUCUUCCAAACUGGGAAACCAGGAUGGAUUUUCAGGAAGCCUUUUAUUUCUGCUUUAUAACCUUGACAACUAUUGGAUUCGGAGAUACACAACUGGAACAUCCCAAGUUUUUCUUGUUUUUUUCCCUCUAUAUUAUUAUCGGCAUGGAAAUAGUCUUCAUUGUGUUUAAGCUGGGCCAAGACCGCUUAAUUGGUUUGUAUAAAAAGGUGAUCUCAUUUUGUGGGGAGAAAAAGUUGCCAUCAAUGAAGAUAUAUCCAAAAUAA